AUGGAUGCGAUAACAGAGAGGAUCUUCACUGAAACGUCGCUUGAAACAACAACAAAUGACGACCCUUCUUUGCUUGCAAUCAUACUAGAUGUGUCCCCGCAAGGAUGGUACAACCUACGCAACACAAUAACCCUCGUUGAUGUGGCCAAAUCCCUCCUCGUCUUUCUCAAUAGCCACUUGUCACUAAACAAUUCCAACCAAGUAGCAUUCCUAGCGAGCUCACCUUUGAAAUCGGAGUUCUUUUACCCUCAUCCGAAUGCCAAGUCCACCACCGUCGAAAACUCCAGAAUCUCCGCGGGGAUGUAUCGCCAGUUCAAAAACGUCAACGAAGUCAUCAUCGAAGAGCUCAUCAAAUUCCUCGAGUUGACAUCGAAGCAGGAAUCCUUGCACAAAGUCAAUAAUCGUCAUUCAACAAUCACGGGUGCCAUCAGCAUGGCGCUCACGUAUACUAAUAGAAUCCUCACUUUGGAUCAAAGCAUCACCACCACGAUGGCAUCAGCAAUGACCACGGCCUCGAUGAACAAGUCCGGCAACGCGAGCAGCGGCUCGAGCGGCAACAUCUCGACUACGUCUGCAACGCCGAUGAAAUCCAGAAUUCUAAUAGUCAGCGCCAGCGACAGCGAUGACAAUUUAAACUAUAUCCCGCUCAUGAAUUGCAUCUUUACGGCGCAGAAAUUAAAAGUCUCGAUAGAUAUCGCGAAAUUGGGUUUUAAAAACUCAUCCUAUUUGCAACAGGCAAGCGAUGCUACAAAUGGCGUCUAUUUGCACAUUGAGGACCCGCGCGGCAUCAUUCAAGUGUUGUCAACUGCAUUUUUCAUCGAGCCUAGUCUUCGGCCGUAUGUGAUCCUCCCGACUAACACACAAGUCAAUUAUAAAGCUAGUUGCUUUCUAACUAAAAAACCUGUGGAUUUGGGGUACGUGUGUUCUGUGUGCUUGUGUAUCAUGAGCAAGAUCCCCGAGGACGCCAGGUGUCCUGCUUGUGCUAGUGAUUUUGACAAGAAAAUCAUCCAGUCCUUGUUGAGGGAUCCUCAGGUUGCCCCCAAGAAAAAGAGGAAAAUAGGCGAUAUUGCAAAAGAGGAUGGUGAGGAGCCAAACAAGAACGGCGAGGGUGAUUUGGUGUGA